UUCAGACGCUCCAAAACGACAUGGAAACAUGGAAAGUACCGAGAAGCGCCUGCCAGUAGUUGACAAGCCGGUUCAAUAAAUCAAUAUCAGAAACAACAUUUCAUCCCCAUAGUAAGUAUAAUGUGACCCAAUUGUUCGGUCUUCGGAGUAAGAGAUCCGGUUGUCUCACUGGGGUUAACUCUCUGCACGUCAACAUGACAUCAGACAAGGUUCUGUACAAAUUGGAUCACCCCCAUGGUCCAGGAAGUGUCUUCACCUGCUGGAGGCCAGGAAACAGCACUCACCUAGCUACAACAGGAUGUGAUGGAGUGGUAUCGAUUUACGACAGACAGGGAGAGAUCCAGGAGCGAAUCCAGAUAAUGGGUAUCUGCACAGGUUUUGGUUGGGAUUCUGAUGGGGAUGUCCUUGCUAUGAUAACCAAUAACUCCUCGACGAUAACUCUGUGGGACGCAACGACCGGGAAGAGAUCGCAGAUAGACGCUGGUGUCAGGGACGGACUCACCUGCAUGAUGUGGGCUAAACACAGUUGUCUCCUGGGUGUGGGCACCCAGAGGGGAAACCUAGCCCUCUACGAUCACACGCACGCCAGGAGAAUACCAAUAAUUGGUAAACACAAGAAGAAAAUAGUCUGCGGUGCUUGGUCGCGUGAGGGUGUGCUUGCCCUGGCUGGAGAAGACAGAAUUCUCACCAUCAGUACAUCAGAGGGUGACACCAGAAAAGAAAUUGUUCUACCUGGGGAUCCUCAGGAUCUGCAGUUCAACGAGAUGAAGAUGGAGCACAGAAUGAGCGGUGAGAACACAGUUUCCCUCAUUGUGGGAAAGACCAGACUUUUUCUGUACAACAUCAAGGACCCUGACAAUCCCAUGGAUCUGGGAUUCCAGAAGCUUUAUGGGCCCAUUGUCACUUACAAAUGGUAUGGGGAUGGGUAUAUUCUACUGGGAUUUGAGGCCGGAUAUCUCAUAGCAAUAUCCACUCAUAUUAAAGAACUCGGUCGAGAGUUGUUCCAGAUGAAGAAUCAUAGGGACUCGUUGAAUGGAAUUUCGUUGAGUCUUGUUGCUGGAAAGGUGGCGACUUGUGGUGACAAUACCCUGAAAAUUCACAGUGUUCAGAAUCUGGAGGAGACUGAGAAGGUGAUUGUGGUGAGUGGAGAGGCAGGUGUCAGCAGUCUCGAGUGGUCAGCUGAUGGCACGAUGCUAGCUGCUGUGACCCACAGUGGAAACGUUCUAAUUUACCUCGCUGAAAUUCCCAAGUUGAUAAGUAUAUGUGGUAACAGGAUAGCAAUUCUCUCGAGUCUCACUGAAGUCAUUGUUCACCUGUACGUGUUGGAUAAAGAUAAACCGGAGCCUCAUCUCAUCCAUACGAUCAUCGAGCCCUCAAUCCUUGCUAUUGGCCCCCUCCAUGUGGCUGUUGCCUUGAACAAUCGUGCUUUAUUCUGGAAUUUAUCAGCUGGACAGAGUGACAGAGCCAUUCACUUCGAGCGCGACUACCUCUCCACUGUGGACAGCAUUCGACUGAAUGAAAUCUAUGCGUCUGUCUUAUUCGAUGGAAAAAUCCAGUUGCACACUAUCAAAACUGAUCCUGCACUGAUCAAGGAGGGAAAAGACUCGAAAAUAUUCUCGGACUCUGGUACGACCGAGGGGAAGAUCACGUGUCACGCUCUGUCCCCUGAUUUCCUGGUGUUUGGCACUGACAUGGGAAAGAUUGUUAAUUUUUAUCUAGACAUUUUCAAUCACUCCACUGAAUUAUCCCACAACACUGGGAUCAAGCAGCUGUUCUUGGACGCCAAUGGCACCAUCAUGUGCUUCAUAGAUGAGAAAUCCGAUGCUUAUGUCUACGAUCCUGUGAACGAGAGUGUCUCCCAGGUGCCAGAGCCUCCAGAUAGUAUGGAAGGUGUCGUCUGGGAUCAAAACGUUUUCGAGAGAUUCGUAUUUGGAGUGUACAACAAAACAACAAUCACAACUUACGUCUAUACCAAAUACCAUAUUGAUGGGACUAAAGUUGUGAAGAUAUCCACAACAAAAUUGCCAUCAGAGACAGUUCCAACAUUGAUGUACGGUGGUGAGGUUACCCUGGGGAUGGCUGGUGGUAAACUCCUCCAGAUAACACUGACAUCCCACGAAGACGUGGGCAACAUUGUUGAGAAUCGAAAGAUUAUUGAAAUCCUGGAGCAUCAGAUCAAGUGCAAACGCUUCCCCCAGGCCUGGAGCACCUGUGAGAUGCUGAAUGACAAGGAUUACUGGUUGAAACUUGGUAAAAGUACAUUGGCCAAUCUAGAAAUUGAAAUGGCGAUUAGAGUCUAUCGUCAUAUCGAGGAUAUUUCGAUGGUAUGGGCCCUCCAGAAGUUGGAGAAUAUCGAGGAGCUUGCACUACUAUCAGGACACGUCUGCACCCUCUUGGAGGAUUACAAUCGAGCUGAAAAGUUCUUUCUCCAGUCCUCCCAACCAGUAGAGGCUCUGUAUCUGAGGAGAGAUCUGAUGCAGUGGGAGCAGGCCCUCACUCUGGCCCAGAAACUCAAGCCAGACGAAAUUUCCUCGAUCGCCAAGGAGUACGCACAACAGCUGGAGCUCACAGGAAACUAUCCCAAAGCCCUCGUAAAUUACGAGAGAGGAUUGACAGACAGUGACAAGAUCUCCAGCCCCCAGGAGCACAGCCACAGAAUACAGUGCCUAGGUGGCAUUGCAAGGACAUCAAUCAGAUGUGGAGACUCCAGGAGAGGAGUUAGCAUAGCCAUGGAUCCGGAUAGUCCUCGAAAUCUUCGUAGGGAAUGCGCUGAGAUCUUGGAAAUAAUGAAGCAGUUCAACGAGGCAGCCAUUCUCUACGAGAAAGCGGAAUACUUUGACAAAGCAGCCUCUGCUUACAUAAAAUUGAAGAAUUGGGUUAAAGUAGGGCAAUUGUUGUCACAGAUAUCAUCACCAAAGAUCAAUAUUCAGUACGCCAAAGCCAAGGAGUCGGAGGGAAGGUAUGAGGAAGCUGCAAGGGCUUACGAAACAGCUAAAGACUACGACAACAUCAUCAGGAUCAAUCUUGAGCACUUGAACAAUCCAACGAGAAGUGUCGAAAUUGUUCAGCAGACAAAGAGCAUUGAGGGUGCAAAAAUGGUCGCCAGGUUCUUCCAGAGGAUGAACGAUUACAACUCAGCCAUUAAAUUCUUGAUACUUUCUAAUUGUCAUGAUGAGGCUUUCCAAUUGGCGAAUCAGCAUGGGAAGAUGGAGCUGUAUGGUGAGAUUCUGAUAAAUACUCUAGACGAUGAUAAUGUUAGGCUGGAGGACUUCAGGAGCUUGGCCAUUCACUUCGAGUCCCAGAAGAACAGUCUGCUAGCUGGAAAGUACUAUUUCUACGCCAAGGAGUACCACAAAGCCCUCAGGCACUUGUUAAAGGCGUCACAUCUCGCAGCUAAUGACGAUGAGGCCCUCUCCUUAGCGAUCGACACUGUCGCAUCCUCGAGGGACGAUAAAUUAGCAAGUCAAUUGAUUGACUUCUUACUGGGUGGCGAUGGACUACCCAGAGAUCCAAAAUAUCUGUUUCGACUCUAUAUGGCCAGGAAGCAGUACAGAGAAGCCGCCAAGACAGCAAUUAUUAUUGCUAAUGAGGAGCAGAUCAGUGGAAAUUAUAGAAAUGCUCAUGAUGUCCUGUUUGGAAUGUAUCAGGAACUCAAGAGGAAUAAUAUUAAUAUUCCUCAGGAGAUGAGGAAUAAUCUUUGUCUGCUGCAUUCGUAUAUUCUUGUGAGGCUCCAUGUCAAGAGGAAUGAUCACUUGAGAGGCGCUAGGAUGCUUAUCAGGGUUGCUAAUAAUAUAUCAAAAUUUCCAUCGCACAUUGUGCCCAUUUUAACGUCUACGGUUAUUGAGUGCCAUCGAGCUGGACUUAAACAUGCUGCAUUCAAUUUUGCUGCGAUGCUCAUGAGACCGGAGUACAGGUUGCAGGUGGAUGCCAAGUACAGCAAGAAAAUAGAAGCCAUAGUCAGGAAACCACCAAAGACCAGGGACCAUGAGGUUGAGGAUGAGGCCAUGACUCCCUGUCCGUACUGCAAAAAUAGAAUUCCUGAGACGGAUAUCAAUUGUGAUAAGUGUAAAAACACUAUUCCUUUCUGCAUCGCUACGGGUCGACAUGUUGUGGAGAAUGAUUUUACAGUUUGUCCUCAGUGCGAUUUUCCGGCGAUUCAAAGUGAAUUUUUGAGAAUCGUUGAGACCGAAGAGACUUGUCCAAUGUGCAAUGAGAAAGUGGAUCCAAAAAUGGUGCCACAGAGCGUCAAUAUCCGUCCAUAUCUUGAUCUCCAAGACGAUAAGAGAACUCAUAUUUAAAUAAUAAAAUUGUCUUCGUAUUUUAUUGAAGGCAGUCGCGUUAUCUCAGAAUGAAAUCAAACAAUCCGUCCACGUUGAGACUAUAUAUUUUUAGUACACCGUACAAAGAAGUUGCGUAAUGGUAAUCACAGCAUUAGAAUUGUACAUAUUCCAAAAUACGUAAUUGAUACUCACGUAUAAUUUUUUACGCAUUAUGAAAUCAUAAUAUAUCAUAAUAUAUAUAUAUCAUAAUAUAGUCUUGAAAAUUCAAGACUCAUACCUCGUAGUAUUCCAUGGGAAGACGAAUCACUUCAGUGGACCGAACAAAUCUCAAAGGUCUUGAAGGGUAAUUUUGUAAUUUUAGUAUUUACUUAGUUACUUCAGUCGUCUCAUAAUUUUCGCAAUUAAUAGGGAGCAGCUCCCACCCCGCACUAGUUUUUUAUAAACUUAUUGAUGAGUGCAAGCCAUCUUUAUAAAUGUACCUAUUUAUCAUCUCCUCUAUUAAACAAUGAUUUGUAAAUAUCAUUUGCCAAUGAUAAAUGAGGAGAUUUACCUGUAGAAAAUGUACAAAUAAAACAAAAAUUGCGUUCUUGCAGUUUAAUAAAAACCCAGAGGAAGUUUAUAAAUUCACGAGAAAAAAACAUGCCGAUGUGUAUAGAGAAGUCGAAAAUCUAAUGAAAAAAACAUCAUUCAAGAACAGAAUCUAAUCUAUUUCAUUAACUUUUUUUAACCCGCGAUAACUCCAAUAUUUUAACUGUUAUCAACUAUAAUGGCUCAUAAAAUCUAAUCAACUACAUUACUCCCUUUAUCACCAACUUUCCAUUUCAGCAUGAAUAACGAUUUAUUGAGGUGGUAUCCCAAUGAAUAAAUCAGAACAUACUUGCCCAUGUUUUCAUCCAAAUCGAGGUAAAUCCCUAGUAAAGGCAAUAAUCAUAAUCUAUUGCCAAAAAAUAAUUUAGUGUAUAAAAAUGCUGGAGAUUGAUAAAAAAGUAGAAGCGAGAUUAUUAAUAAAUUCUUAAUAAAUAAAUAUCGACAAUUGAUGAAAAGGGGUGAGACGAUGAACCUGGAGAGGGGAUAAUGACAAGCAGUCAUUACCUCCUGGGGAUGGAGUGGCAGUGAAUCGAGUGGCAAUCGCCAGUUCAGUGAUAAUCGUGAUAAUUCAAGGAUCAUUGGCGCCUCACCUAGUACCAGGAACCCACCAUCUGGUGGCGUUGUUUAUAAAAUCCAACGUGUCCCCUCCACCCAAUGCUAACUCAAUCUCAAUUCUAACGGUAUCGUCUCCUUCAGACAUCCCUGUGCAAUCGUGUGCGACGCAUUUACCAGACCUGUAAUCCAUUUAUUUUCAUUCCCCUUUGAAUUGAGUUUUUUUAAAAAAAAA